AUGUCCCACAACAACAGGCAUAAAAAGAAUAACGAUAAAGACAGCUCAGCAGGGCAGUAUGCAAAUAGCAUUGACAAUUCAUUAAGCCAGGAAAGCGUCUCAACGAACGGCGUAACAAGGAUGGCUAACUUAAAGGCUGAUGAAUGCGGCAGUGGUGAUGAAGGAGAUAAAACAAAGCGGUUUUCGAUUUCAAGUAUUUUGAGUAAAAGAGAGACAAAAGACGUGCUUCCGGAAUUUGCAGGCAGUAGUUCCCACAAUGGAGUACUCACGGCGAAUUCAUCAAAGGAUAUGAACUUUACUUUGGAACUAAGCGAGAAUUUGUUGGUUGAGUGUAGGAAAUUGCAAUCCUCUAAUGAAGCUAAAAAUGAGCAAAUCAAGUCUCUCAAGCAAAUUAAAGAGUCAUUAAGUGACAAGAUUGAGGAGCUCACUAACCAAAAAAAGUCCUUCAUGAAAGAGUUGGAUUCAACUAAAGAUUUAAACUGGGAUUUAGAAUCUAAAUUAACAAACUUGAGCAUGGAAUGUAGGCAAUUAAAAGAAUUGAAGAAAAAGACUGAAAAAUCUUGGAAUGAUGAAAAAGAAAGCCUGAAACUUCUGAAAACAGAUUUGGAAAUUUUAACAUUAACAAAAAAUGGCAUGGAAAAUGAUCUUAGCUCUCAAAAACUUCAUUACGAUAAAGAGAUUAGUGAAUUAAAGGAAAGGAUUUUAGACUUAAAUAAUGAAAACGACAGAUUACUUAUUAGUGUUUCUGAUCUAACAAGUGAAAUUAAUUCCUUACAGAGCAAUAGAACUGAAAGAAUAAAAAUUCAAAAGCAACUUGAUGACGCCAAAGCAUCUAUUUCUUCGUUAAAAAGAAAAGUACAAAAGAAGUAUUAUCAAAAACAGCAUACUUCCGAUACUACAGUAACAUCUGAUCCUGAUUCUGAGGGGACCACUAGUGAAGAAGACAUUUUUGAUAUAGUGAUCGAAAUUGACCACAUGAUUGAAACAGGCCCCUCUGUCGAGGACAUUUCUGAAGAUCUUGUCAAGAAAUACUCAGAAAAAAACAAUAUGAUAUUGUUAUCGAAUGAUUCAUAUAAAAACUUACUACAAAAAAGUGAAAGUGCAUCCAAACCAAAAGACGAUGAAUUAAUGACCAAAGAGGUGGCUGAAAACCUGAAUAUGAUCGCGUUACCAAAUGAUGACAAUUACAGCAAAAAAGAGUUUUCGUUAGAAUCUCAUAUUAAAUAUUUAGAAGCUUCUGGCUAUAAAGUUCUUCCUCUAGAGGAGUUUGAGAACCUAAACGAAUCCCUAUCAAAUCCAUCAUAUAACUAUCUCAAGGAAAAACUUCAGGCUUUGAAAAAGAUACCCAUCGAUCAAAGUACGUUUAACUUGUUAAAAGAGCCUACUAUUGAUUUUUUACUGCCUUUAACAUCCAAAAUUGAUUGCCUGAUAAUACCUACCAAAGAUUAUAAUGACCUUUUUGAGAGUGUCAAGAAUCCAUCAAUUGAACAAAUGAAAAAAUGCCUGGAAGCAAAGAACGACUUACAAUCGAAUAUUUGUAAAUGGCUGGAGGAGAGAAACGGCUGUAAAUGGCUAAGUAAUGAUCUGUAUUUUUCAAUGGUUAAUAAGAUAGAAACACCUUCGAAACAAUACCUGUCAGAUAAGGCAAAAGAAUACGACCAAGUGCUGAUUGAUACUAAAGCCUUAGAAGGUUUAAAGAACCCAACGAUAGACUUUCUAAGAGAAAAAGCUUCUGCAUCAGAUUAUUUAUUACUCAAAAAAGAAGACUACGUGAGCCCAUCACUGGAAUACCUAGUUGAACAUGCCAAGGCCACCAAUCACCAUUUACUAUCGGAUAGUGCAUACGAAGACCUAGUCAAGUGCAAGGAGAAUCCUGAUAUGGAAUUCUUGAAGGAGAAGUCUGCCAAACUAGGCCACACUGUGGUAUCCAACGAGGCAUAUUCUGAAUUGGAAAAGAAACUAGAACAACCAUCACUGGAAUACCUAGUUGAACAUGCCAAGGCGACCAAUCACCAUUUACUAUCGGAUAGUGCAUACGAAGACCUAGUCAAGUGCAAGGAGAAUCCUGAUAUGGAAUUCUUGAAGGAGAAGUCUGCCAAACUAGGCCAUACUGUGGUAUCCAACGAGGCAUAUUCUGAAUUGCAACGCAAAUACUCAGAAUUGGAGAAGGAAGUAGAACAACCAUCUCUAGCAUACUUAGUUGAACACGCCAAGGCUACCGAUCACCAUUUACUAUCGGAUAGUGCAUACGAAGACCUAGUCAAGUGCAAGGAGAAUCCUGAUGUGGAAUUCUUGAAGGAGAAGUCUGCUAAACUAGGCCAUACUGUGGUAUCUAGCGAGGAAUAUUCUGAAUUGCAACGCAAAUACUCAGAAUUGGAGAAGGAAGUAGAACAACCAUCACUAGCAUACCUAGUCGAACACGCCAAGGCUACCGAUCACCAUUUACUAUCGGAUAGUGCAUACGAAGAACUAGUCAAGUGCAAGGAGAAUCCUGAUAUGGAAUUCUUGAAGGAGAAGUCUGCCAAACUAGGCCACACUGUGGUAUCCAACGAGGCAUAUUCUGAAUUGGAAAAGAAACUAGAACAACCAUCACUAGCAUACCUAGUCGAACAUGCCAAGGCUACCGAUCACCAUCUGCUAUCGGAUAGUGCAUACGAAGACCUAGUCAAGUGCAAGGAAAAUUCUGAUGUAGAAUUCUUGAAGGAGAAGUCUGCUAAACUAGGCCAUACUGUGGUAUCCAACGAAGCAUAUUCUGAAUUGGAAAAGAAACUAGAACAACCAUCACUAGCAUACCUAGUCGAACAUGCCAAGGCUACCGAUCACCAUCUGCUAUCGGAUAGUGCAUACGAAGACCUAGUCAAGUGCAAGGAGAAUCCUGAUAUGGAAUUCUUGAAGGAGAAGUCUGCCAAACUAGGCCACACUGUGGUAUCCAACGAGGCAUAUUCUGAAUUGGAAAAGAAACUAGAACAACCAUCACUGGAAUACCUAGUUGAACAUGCCAAGGCCACCAAUCACCAUUUACUAUCGGAUAGUGCAUACGAAGACCUAGUCAAGUGCAAGGAGAAUCCUGAUAUGGAAUUCUUGAAGGAGAAGUCUGCCAAACUAGGCCACACUGUGGUAUCCAACGAGGCAUAUUCUGAAUUGGAAAAGAAACUAGAACAACCAUCACUGGAAUACCUAGUUGAACAUGCCAAGGCCACCAAUCACCAUCUGCUAUCGGAUAGUGCAUACGAAGAACUAGUCAAGUGCAAGGAAAAUCCUGAUGUAGAAUUCUUGAAGGAGAAGUCUGCUAAACUAGGCCAUACUGUGGUAUCCAACGAAGCAUAUUCUGAAUUGGAAAAGAAACUAGAACAACCAUCACUGGAAUACCUAGUUGAACAUGCCAAGGCCACCAAUCACCAUCUGCUAUCGGAUAGUGCAUACGAAGAACUAGUCAAGUGCAAGGAAAAUCCUGAUGUAGAAUUCUUGAAGGAGAAGUCUGCUAAACUAGGCCAUACUGUGGUAUCCAACGAAGCAUAUUCUGAAUUGGAAAAGAAACUAGAACAACCAUCACUAGCAUACCUAGUCGAACAUGCCAAGGCUACCGAUCACCAUCUGCUAUCGGAUAGUGCAUACGAAGACCUAGUCAAGUGCAAGGAAAAUCCUGAUGUAGAAUUCUUGAAGGAGAAGUCUGCUAAACUAGGCCAUACUGUGGUAUCCAACGAAGCAUAUUCUGAAUUGGAAAAGAAACUAGAACAACCAUCACUAGCAUACCUAGUCGAACAUGCCAAGGCUACCGAUCACCAUCUGCUAUCGGAUAGUGCAUACGAAGACCUAGUCAAGUGCAAGGAGAAUCCUGAUAUGGAAUUCUUGAAGGAGAAGUCUGCCAAACUAGGCCACACUGUGGUAUCCAACGAGGCAUAUUCUGAAUUGGAAAAGAAACUAGAACAACCAUCACUGGAAUACCUAGUUGAACAUGCCAAGGCCACCAAUCACCAUCUGCUAUCGGAUAGUGCAUACGAAGACCUAGUCAAGUGCAAGGAGAAUCCUGAUAUGGAAUUCUUGAAGGAGAAGUCUGCUAAACUGGGCCAUACUGUGGUAUCCAACAAGGAAUAUUCUGAAUUGGAAAAGAAACUAGAACAACCAUCACUGGAAUACUUAGUCAAACAUGCCGAACAAAUACAAUCAAAAAUUAUAUCGAUCUCGGACUUCAACACCUUAGCUAAUCCAUCUAUGGAAGAUAUGGCUUCAAAAUUGCAAAAGUUAGAAUACCAGAUUGUUUCGAACGAUGAGUACAUUGCAUUGAAAAAUACGAUGGAAAAGCCGGACGUUGAGUUACUAAGAUCCAAGUUGAAAGGUUACCAUAUAAUUGAUACAACAACGUACAAUGAGCUAGUCAGCAAUUUCAAUUCUCCUACGUUGAAGUUUAUUGAAGAGAAAGCCAAAAGCAAAGGUUAUAGAUUAAUAGAACCUAAUGAAUACCUUGACUUGAAUAGGAUAGCCACUACACCUUCUAAAGAAGAGAUUGAUAACUUCUGCAAACAAAUUGGGUGUUACGCUUUGGACUCUAAAGAAUAUGAAAGACUAAAAAAUUCUCUGGAGAAUCCCUCCAAGAAAUUUAUAGAAGAAAAUGCCGCAUUACUUGAUCUUGUGCUAGUGGACAAAACGGAGUACCAAGCAAUGAAAGAUAAUGCAAGCAACAAGAAAUCACUUAUUCCUUCAACCAAGGCACUUGAUUUCGUUACAAUGCCUGCCCCACAGCUUGCUUCUGCAGAGAAGUCAUCACUACAAAAAAGAACUUUAUCUGAUAUUGAAAAUGAGUUAAAGGCCUUAGGCUACGUCGCAAUUCGUAAAGAAAACCUGCCAAACCUAGAGAAACCAAUUGUUGACAAUGCCUCCAAAAAUGAUGUCUUGAACCUAUGUUCGAAAUUCAGUUUAGUACCAUUGUCUACUGAAGAAUAUGAUAAUAUGAGAAAGGAACACACUAAAAUCUUAAAUAUUCUCGGUGAUCCAUCUAUUGAUUUCCUGAAGGAAAAAUGUGAAAAAUAUCAAAUGCUCAUAAUUAGUAAACAUGAUUACGAAGAAAAGCAAGAAGCCAUUGAAAAUCCAGGCUACGAAUUUAUUUUAGAAAAAGCAUCAGCACUGGGAUAUGAAUUAGUUAGCGAGGUUGAGCUGGAUCGCAUGAAACAAAUGAUUGAUUCACCAGAUAUUGACUACAUGCAAGAAAAGGCUGCCCGCAAUGAAAUGGUGUUGUUGAGGAACGAGGAGAAGGAAGCAUUGCAAAAGAAAAUAGAAUAUCCCUCUUUAACAUUUUUAAUCGAAAAGGCUGCUGGAAUGAACAAAAUACUUGUUGACCAAAUCGAGUAUGAUGAAACUAUAAGAAAAUGCAAUCAUCCCACUCGGAUGGAGCUAGAGGAAUCCUGUCAUCACUUGAACUUGGUUUUGCUCGACCAAAACGAGUACUCAACUCUAAGAGAACCUUUGGAAAAUCGAAAUGUUGAAGACUUAAUUAACACCUUGAGCAAACUAAACUACAUUGCAAUUCCUAAUACUAUCUACCAAGAUUUAAUUGGAAAGUAUGAGAAUCCAAACUUUGAUUAUCUAAAGGAUUCUUUGAACAAAAUGGAUUACGUCGCAAUCUCUAGACAAGAUUAUGAAUUGAUGGUUGCUAAAUACGAAAAGCCACAACUGGAUUAUUUGAAAAUUUCUUCAGAGAAAAUCGACCACAUUGUAGUGCCUCUGUCUGAGUACAAUUUAAUGGUUACAAAUUAUAGAAAUCCCAGCUUGAGCUACUUAAAAGAGAAAGCCGUUUUGAAUAAUCAUAUUUUAAUAAAAGAAGAUGACUAUAAAAACAUUUUAGCAGUAUCAGAACAUCCGACAGUGAUCCACCUCUCCGAAAAGGCAUCUUUAUUAAAUAAAGUCUUGGUAGACAAGGAUGAUUUUGCGACCAUGUCACGCUCGAUUGAGAAACCAACUAUCGAUUUCUUAUCCACUAAGGCGCUAUCAAUGGGGAAAAUACUAGUUAAUGAAUCUACGCAUAAAAGAAACGAGAAACUAUUAUCUGAACCAGAUUCUGAAUUUUUGACAAUGAAAGCCAAGGAGCAAGGGCUAAUUAUCAUUUCAGAAAAGGAAUAUUCUGAACUGCGGGAUCAAAUAGAUCGUCCUAGCCUAGAUGUUUUGAAAGAAAAGGCCGCCAUUUUUGAUAGCAUCAUAGUAGAAAACAUAGAAUACCAACAACUGGUAAACACUACAAGUCCCUGCCCUCCCAUUACUUAUGAAGAUUUGAAAGUAUAUGCCCACCAAUUCGGUAUGGAAUUAUGCCUCCAAAAACCCAACAAACUUUCUGGAGCUGAGCGUGCAGAGCGCAUUGAUGAACAAUCAAUAAAUACGACCAGCAGUAACUCGACCACAACAUCGAGCAUGUUUACAGAUGCACUAGAUGAUAAUAUCGAAGAGCUUAAUCGUGUCGAAUUGCAGAAUAAUGAAGAUUAUACUGACAUAAUCUCGAAAUCAUCCACAGUGAAAGAUGCUACCAUUUUCAUUCCCGCCUAUGAAAACAUCAAGAAUUCUGCUGAAAAAUUAGGCUACAAAUUAGUUCCGUUCGAAAAAUCAAAUAUCAAUCUGAAAAACAUUGAAGCUCCAUUAUUUUCGAAGGACAACGAUGACACUAGCGUUGCCAGUAGCAUAGAUCUUGAUCACUUAUCUAGAAAAGCAGAAAAAUAUGGUAUGACCCUCAUUUCUGAUCAGGAAUUUGAAGAAUAUCAUAUACUAAAAGAUAACGCGGUUAAUCUGAAUGGUGGCAUGGAAGAAAUGAAUAAUCCCUUGUCAGAAAAUCAAAACUUAGCAGCAAAAACCACAAACACAGCGCAAGAAGGUGCCUUCCAAAACACCGUUCCCCACAAUGAUAUGGACAACGAAGAAGUCGAAUAUGGGCCGGAUGAUCCAACAUUCACAGUAAGGCAACUCAAGAAACCCGCUGGCGAUCGUAAUUUGAUUUUGACUAGUAGGGAGAAAACACUGUUAUCAAGAGAUGAUAAUAUAAUGAGUCAAAAUGAGGCGGUUUAUGGUGACGAUAUAUCUGAUAGCUUUGUAGAUGAAAGCCAAGAAAUCAAAAAUGAUGUAGACAUUAUUAAAACUCAAGCUAUGAAAUAUGGUAUGUUGUGUAUUCCUGAAAGUAAUUUUGUGGGUGCAUCAUAUGCAAGUGCUCAAGAUAUGAGCGAUAUAGUUGUGCUUUCCGCGUCCUAUUACCAUAAUCUAAUGUCACCUGAAGACAUGAAAUGGAACUGUGUUAGUAAUGAAGAAUUACAAGCGGAAGUUAAAAAGCGUGGGCUCCAGAUUGCACUAACAACAAAGGAAGAUAAGAAAGGUCAAGCCACGGCAUCCAAACAUGAGUAUGUGUCGCAUAAGCUAAACAAUAAAACAUCUACUGUGUCCACAAAGUCUGGAGCAAAAAAGGGACUUGCAGAAGCAGCAGCAACAACUGCUUAUGAAGAUUCCGAAAGUCAUCCACAAAUAGAAGAGCAGUCUCAUCGUACUAAUCAUCAUAAGCACCAUAAACGUCAACAGAGUCUGAAUUCUAAUUCAACCUCAAAAACCACACAUUCAUCGAGGAAUACGCCAGCAUCUAGACGAGAUAUAGUAGCAUCAUUUAUGUCACGUGCAGGAUCUGCCAGUAGGACGGCAUCUUUACAAACUUUAGCAUCAUUGAACGAACCAAGCAUAAUACCCGCGUUAACCCAAACCGUCAUUGGGGAAUAUUUGUUUAAGUAUUAUCCACGCUUGGGACCUUUUGGAUUCGAAUCACGUCAUGAAAGAUUCUUCUGGGUUCAUCCAUAUACCUUAACUUUGUACUGGUCCGCUUCUAAUCCCAUCCUAGAGAAUCCUGCCAAUACCAAAACAAAAGGUGUUGCCAUUCUAGGAGUAGAAAGUGUCACAGACCCAAACCCAUAUCCAACAGGAUUGUAUCACAAAAGUAUUGUUGUUACCACAGAAACUAGGACUAUUAAGUUUACUUGUCCUACAAGGCAAAGACACAAUAUUUGGUAUAAUUCAUUACGUUAUUUACUUCAAAGGAACAUGCAAGGGAUAAGUUUAGAGGACAUCGCUGAUGAUCCAACAGAUAAUAUGUAUUCAGGAAAGAUUUUCCCAUUGCCCGGCGAAAAUACAAAGAGCUCCAGUAAAAGACUUAGCGCAUCGAGAAGGUCCGUAUCUACAAGGUCUCUAAGACAUAGAGUACCACAAAGCCGAUCAUUUGGCAAUUUACGAUAG